AUCAACUCCCAAAAACGUGCUUCCAGUUCUCAAUUAACCAGGCCAGAUUUACUUAGGGCCAAGCUGCCAACAUACGAGCAAUUUGCCUCCAAGAAAUCCGAUGAACGGCGAGGCCGUUUUAAACCAAAGUCUUCCAAGCAUUCAUCGGCGAUGACCGUAAAGGAAGCAAGCAUCAACAUUGCUUUGAUGGAAUAUGUCACCGAAGAGGAGGGAGACAUUUUAAAGCCUGUUAGAGGCAGCUCGCUUUCACUCAAAAUAAAAACUGACCCCAGGUACGAUGAGGUUUUAGAAGCAGCGUUGAAAAAAAAGGGAAGACUUCGAUCACAAGUUUUCACAGACUAUGCACAGAGGAUAUGUCCUCGC